CCGCGCACCUGGUGGGUCUGAUCCAGGGGUAGGAUGUGUUACUUUAGAGUUUCUAUCAAAGAAGAAACGGCGGCAUCUAAAAAACGACAAACAUUUAUUUUCUUUCUGAGCUGCAGUGUUUUCAGCAGCUGAUCACUUGUCCAGUUGCAGCCUUUUUUUGAAGCGAGUCGGGGCCGUUUGUGGAGGGGAACCCGCGUCUGACAGGCACACCGCAGCGCCAUGACGCAACUCACACUCUGCUGCUGCAACACCAUAAAAUAUGAAUCACCAGAGUGCCGACGGUGGGAUCCUUGGAUGUAAAUAACAUUUAAAUGGUGAGGAGGGGGUGUGGCGCUCAGCAGCUCCCAUUCACCAAAAUCAAUACGCGUCCGGACAACUCGCGCAUUUGGGGCGUAAAAAGCCGCGCCGGGGGAUCAGAUCUGAUCACUGUCUGCUCUCCGGCUCUCACUGGGUGCACAGGCCAGACAGCCAGACAGCCAGCCCGCCCCUCGGCAGCCCGCCGUGCCUCCGUCCCUCCGCAGGCUCCGGGCUGCGAAUAAAAGGCGCUCCGCGCAGGGAUCCUCAUCGCAUCACGCAGAUUCAGAGUCUGGAUGCGGAGCGAAGCAGUGGCCUGCGCAUGAAGAUGCGAUAGCUAUGGGACAUCAGGUCAUUUAGAGGGAGUUUCUGCCCAGUGUCCUCAUGUGAACUGGUUCCUCAAAGAACUGCGAGGUGGCUUCUGAUACAGGCAUGUUAGCACCAUGAUCCAUGGCUGUGGUGUUCGGAGUGUCAGUGCAGACUGUGUCGCAAGAGGAGAUUGAAUGCCUCUAAAAUCUCAAGGCUGUGAGCCCUGUGCAGGGUGGUGAUGAGCAGUCAGGGCGGCAGCAGCAGGGGAAGUGGGCAGCAUGCUGACACUCCUCCCCCUCGUCAGGCCCCCGGACCCAAGCUGCAGGUGCAGCGCUCCCUCUCUCGUGACACCAUCACUAUCCACUUCUCUGCUCUGGGGAAGGAGGAAGACGAUGAGGAAGAGGAGCUCUAUGGGGUACCUGUUGGAUCCGCUGGAGCUCAAUCUGAACUUGAUGGUGGAGGAGGACUUCAAGGUCUAGAAGCUUCAGGCGCUGAUGACCAGUCUGUGGCCACAGGCUUGGAAGCAAAAGAGGAGCUGCUGUUUGAAUCUGCUGGUGUGGAGACCUCCUCUGGGGCUGCUGUACUCCCUGUUUCCUCCACAACCCUAUCUGUUGAGCAGUCAUACCCUCACCCACAUACACCCUCCCCAGCCAUGACUAUUAUCCCCACCUCCACCCAAUCCCAUCUAAGCUUCAGCCCUCCUGCUAGCUCCUCCUGGCCUUCUGACCGACCCUUAGGCAAUCCCCCACCCACUAGCUCCAGCACCUCCUCUCCUUGCAAGUCUGCAGCGUUGCCCUCCUCCAAACCUUUCCUCAGCCUGGUCAGGUCCUUGUCCAAUGACAUUGAGUCUCGAGAGACGACUCCUGCACCCACCAAUGUUGCACCGUCACACGCACGUCACCGCCACUUAAUGAAAUCUUUUGUUAAGUCUCUUUCCACGGACACUUCAAAGACCGAUCAUCAGGAAAGUCCUCUUCAUCACUAUCUUCAUCACCCUCCUCAUCAGCAACAGCAAGUACAGCCAUCUCAGAGGCCUCCACCUCGCAACAUGCAGCUCUUCAAACAGUUCUCCCAGCCUCGCUUAUCCUCCUGUCCAGUUAUUGUCACUCACACAGGUGGAGACUCCAAGACAGCUCCCUCUUCCCCAAUCAUGUCCCCAGAUGGUAGGUCUUUCUUCAAGGUCCAAGAGGUGGAGGCCAGGAUAGAAGAUACCAAGAGGCGGCUGUCAGAGGUGAUGUCAGACCCCCUGCAGCUUUUCAGUAAGAUCAUGGGGGACGAGUCUGGUGUGGGAGCUGUUGGAAGUUCCACUCAUCGUGCCAAGUCUCUGUCCUCUAGCGCUUCAGAGCUCAGUGGAGUGACAGCAGUAAACGGACAUGCUGAAGGUAACAACAACUACAGCAUCAAGGAGGAGGAAGGGGCAGAAGGGGAAGAAGAGGAAGAAACCCCUACAGGCAAGGGUCCUGACUCUGUUUAUUUCUCCUUCCCAUCACUGGCACCAGCCCCAGGCCUCGCCCAGGCCUCCACAUCUGUUUUCCCCAAGUCUCCCUCUCUCACUCUGGGCCGCUGCUCUAUGUCGGCCUUGGUAGCUCGACAGGAAGACGAGGAAUUCUGUGAACUGUACAGUGAAGACUUUGAGUUAUGUACCGAUACAGAAACACCAGAUGGGGAUCGUCCCGGGUCCCAGCAGCCCCAUACUGGUAGCACUGGAUUGUGCAGUGAACUUGACACAGAGGAGGAGGAGAAAAUGGAGGAGGAGUUGGAGACUGUGCCUGUGACUGGCCUAAUCUUCCUGACACAGUUGGUGUACUGGUAUUUAGUCCUUCCACUGCCACCGUAUGUAUGUGCAGUGGUGCAGGGGAUAGUUGCUGGGUUCAUGUUGGCCUUGCUGGUCCUUUGGCUGUCCUCUCCUCAACGCUCCUCAUCAGGGAUGAGAAGAGGGAGGCGAAGGAUAGAGCACUGGAAUGUGGCUCAGCUGGAUAUCAAAGAACCAGGAAUCUUCAAGGGCUGGAUGAAUGAGAUCCACAGCUAUGACCCGGAGAUGUACCACGCCACCCUUACCCACUCCGUUUAUGUCCGUCUAGAGGGCUCCGUCCUGCGUCUGUCCAAGCCCAAUCGCAACAUCUCCCGCCGUGCCACCCACAACGAGCCUAAACCUGACGUCAUCUACAUCAGCCAGAAGAUCUACGACCUGACUGACAGCAAGAUCCAACUGGUUCCCCAAAGCUUGGCUAGGAAGAGAGUUUGGAACAAGAAGUACCCCAUUUGCAUUGAGCUGGCCAAGCAGGAGGACUUCAUGUCCAGGGCCCAGGGAGAGAAGCCUGAAGGUGGGGAGGACAAGUUAUCAGGUCUCGGUGAGAAGCUGGAACGAACGGACAAAUGCGAGAAAGUUGAAGUAUCGGGAUCAGCAGAGGAACCCAGAAGACCAACCUCUGGAGGAGGGGACCUGACAAUCUACCUGUUCGGGAGGACAGGUCGGGAAAAGGAAGAGUGGUUCCGGAGAUUUCUCCUGGCGUCACGAAUGAAGUCAGAUGGGAGAGGUGGCGGUCUGCCUGGCAUCUGCAAGAGUGCCUUCUUGCCCUCUCACAGCCGCAGUAGCAGCACCCAGUCCGUUGGAGGCCUGGAGGCUGAAAGCAGGAGCAGCAGCCGGGGAAGCCUGGAGGAGCUGUCUCAGUCUCGCCAUAGAGAGACCUCCUCUGCCCCCUCCUGUGGCUCGACUGGAGGGAUGAAGCAGAAGAUGCUGUUGGACUAUAAUGUCUACAUGGCCAAAUUUGUCAACCCCCAGCCACCACAGAGAAGCCCGACCGCCACCGACAGCCCUGGGCACAGCCCCGAGAGCAGCCCCAAAACUACCAAAAAGAUACGCAGCAGUUCAGAGGAGGCUGUGGAACCUGAGGCCUGGGUCAACGCUUUUCUGGGAAGGAUAUUCUGGGACUUCCUGGGAGAGAAGUAUUGGGCCAAUGUAGUGUCCAAAAAGAUCCAAAUGAAGCUCAGUAAGAUCAGGCUGCCAUAUGUAAUGAAUGAGCUGACUUUGACAGAGCUAGACAUGGGCUUUUCCAUUCCCAAGAUCCUCCAUGCCUCCGCACCCUCUGUGGACCAUCAAGGUCUGUGGUUUGAUCUGGAGGUCUCCUACACGGGCUCCUUCCUCAUGACACUAGAGACCAAGAUGAACCUGGCCCGUCUGGGCAAGGAGGGUGAGGGGCUCGGGGAGCAUGGAAAAGAGUGGCCCAGGCCACGCACAUACUGCCUGGCAGACAGCGAUGAAGAAUCGUCUAGUGCUGGCUCAUCAGAUGAGGAGGACCCCCCAGAACUCCUCAGUGACAAAGCCAUUCCACCUGGAGCCGAGGGCUAUGUGGGAGGCCACAGGCCCAGCAAGAUCAUGCGCUUUGUGGACAAGAUAGCCAAGUCGAAGUACUUCCAGAAAGCCACAGAGACGGAAUUCAUUAAGAAGAAGAUGGAGGAGGUGUCAAACACGCCCCUGCUGCUCACCGUGGAGGUGCAAGAGUGCCGCGGGACGCUGGCUGUCAACAUCCCUCCUCCCCCCACAGACAGGAUAUGGUAUGGUUUCCGGAGUCCGCCUCACCUGGAGCUAAAAGCACGGCCUAAGCUGGGUGAGAGGGAGGUCACUUUAGUUCAUGUGACAGACUGGAUUGAGAAGAAACUGGACCAGGAGUUCCAGAAAAUAUUUGUGAUGCCAAACAUGGAUGAUGUAUGGCUACCCAUAAUGCACUCUGCCAUGGACACACGUUCAAAUGCCAACUUGGUUACUGUGACAAAUGAUGCCUUGAAGGACCCAGAGCCUGAGGAGUCUGAGGUCUUGGACAUGUGAAGACUGCAGUUCAAAGCCUAUAACGAUGGACAUUUUAUCACCAUGGCAAUACGACAAGGCCCCGCCCCGCCUCAGACACCCAUGGGUGCAGCAGUGGGCCAGGCCAACACUCCAAUAUUUUUACCCAUGCCCCAGUCCCAUUGUUGCGCCGCUCAUGAAGAGCACUCCCAAAACUGGAAGCACUGGGUGAGCUUGUGAUCAUCCGUGGCAACUAAAAACAGGAAAAACGGAAGAGUUGUGACUCAUAGAUUGUCAUCCAAUCACAGUUUCAUUUGUGUGACGUCAAACAUUUAAACAGUGUAAUUCUCUGAUGAAACACAAGAAAUGGUGCACGUCAAGACUGUUUCACAUAUGUGCGAACGUGGAUUGACAAAUAGCCAUCCGAUUCAACCAGAAGAACCAUAAUACCUGUGAUGUACAGCCGCAGCAAACACGAUAGAUGUACAGUGUGAACUUUUUUUGUGCGACCUUUCUAAUCCAGCGGUUUAUUGUUUGCUAUAACUCUGAGAGAACUUUGAAGAGUGUUUGUCCAAGUGAGCAAACGUAUGAGGGAAAAAUCUUAAAAAUUUGGAGAUGAUUUUGCUGAAAGCCCCUGCGUCCAUUAAUACACAGGGAUACUGAGACUCAUUUACCACCCAUCCACACUUCAGCCUGUGCCAAUCGCGUGGCACUUAUAUGCAAACAGAUCAAUGGCACUGUGUCCAUCGAAGAUGCUGGGACAGUUUAAAUCCUCCCUGGACACUGUCAUAACACAGCCCAUGUGCUUUUAACCGUGUUUAUAGGGAUUAGAGCUACAACUGACUUCAUGGGGGGGGGGGGUGAAUUAAAACAUAUCUGCAAACACAGCAGCUGAACAUUGCCUAGGUCUGAUGAAUGUAUAAAUAGGAAUGCAGCUCCCUAACUGUGCAAGGAACAGCUCAUUCACUGACAACGUGCUUCUACGCAACAUGCUCCAACACUUCUUUUCAUGUUAUACUCAAGAGUUGAGCAAAAGUAAUAAUUUUCUGUUUUUAUUGCCAAAGCAAUCUCUCAGUCCUCUAUGAAGGCUACUGUAUGAUGUGAACAAAUAAGCAAUCGGUUAAUUAUCUUGUGUUCCGAUUUGAGGCCACUGCAGCGAUGCACAGCAGAAGUUUGGAUAAUUGUAGCUGGACAUUCAUUAGACAGAGGUAUAAUCUGCAGAG